ACACAGCUCGAAUCCAUCUCUCAUCUGCUUUCUUCUUCCUCCUCAGAUCUAUUCCAAAAGCCCUAAAUCCCAUAUCUCCUGUCCUCUUUCCUCAAAUCCCUACCAAAAGCCCUAACCCUAAUUUCCAGCUCUCUCCUUUAUUCUCUUUCUCUCUGCAAUUCCAUGGCUCCUACCGACGAAACUGCUGUCCCGAUCGAGGCAGUGCCCGAUCCGGCUCCUGUAGAACCCACCGAAGAGAAGCCCGAAGAAGUGAAAGCUGCGAAGCCGAAGAAGGCGAAAGCUCCGAAAGAGCCAAAGCCGAAGAACCCGGCCAAGCCUAGGAAGCCGAAAGCUUCUCCAGGCCAUCCGCCCUACUUCGAGAUGAUCAGCGAGGCAAUUGUCUCUCUCAAGGAACGGACUGGAUCGAGCCAGUUCGCGAUCGCUAAGUUCGUCGAAGACAAGCACAAGGCUCACCUCCCAUCCAAUUUCAAGAAGCUGCUCCUCGUUCAGCUCAAGAAGAUUGUUGCUGCUGGCAAGCUCACAAAGAUCAAGAACUCCUACAAGCUUCCUUCCGCCCGGCCUGCUGUGCCUGCUGUUAAAAAGCCCACCAAGCCCAAGGCUGCUCCAAAGCCGAAGCCGGCUGCAAAGCCGAAAGCCGCAGCGAAACCAAAGCCGGCUGCCAAACCGAAGCCAGCUGCUAAGCCAAAAGCUGCAGCGAAGCCGAAGCCUGCUGCGAAGCCAAAGCCAGCCGCGAAGCCGAAAGCCGCAGUGAAGACAAAGGUAGUGGCUAAGACGAAGCCGAAGCCGAAGCCGAAGGCGCGGCCAGCCAAGGCUGCUAGGGUUUCUACAAGAGCGUCGCCAGGGAAGAAAGCAGCCCCACCGAAGCCAGUGGCGAAGAAAACCUCAGCUGUCAAGAAGCCGAAGAGUGUGAAGUCGACGAAGUCGCCUGUGAAGAAGGCGCCAGCAAAGAAAGGAAGGAAGGCAGCUAAAUGAAAAGGGGGCUAGGGUUUGGGUUUGGUUUUCAGGGGUAGUUCUGUAAAUUUCUUGACUGGUAGGGGUAUGCUCGGAGUGGCAUACCAGAAGGGAAAAAAGAAAUGUAUAACAGGAAAGAUGUUUUCGUCAUGUUGGGUGUUUUCGUUUUUAGGGAUUUAUGAUAAUUGUAGUUUUUUUUUUUCCUUCUUAUCUUUUAAAUUUCAAGUGGGAAUGUUUGGAUAAUCAUCUGGUUUGUAUUCACGGAGAAAUUAGUUUGAUUAGAUGCCGUUGGUUUUUGGGUUCUAA